AUGUCAGGGAGCUGUGGAAAGUGGCUGCCUCGGGCCCUUGCCCUCUUCUGCUGUUUGGCGGCUCUGACGAUGCCGACUACCGGAAAGAGCAUCUAUGUAAGCGUCUCGCCAAGUUGUCCUGACCCCUUUCUUCUACCCUAUUAUAUGCCGCGUUGUAUGGAACCUGUUUCACAUUUGGCUAGUCAGUUUUUUUCUAAUAUGUGAAAGCUACUUGCUGCCUCUCCCUUAUAUUAAAUCUGAAUAGACGUUAUAACUGUCAGCAAAAAUGAAGGAACUAUAGCGUCCAGGUGAACACACUUGAUUUAGGAGUGCACUAGAAUCCAGAAAAGGAAGCUUUGAGUAGCAAGGCGAAUGUUACGUUAACCAAAACACCCCUGAUUGACCUCUACUCAGACAAUAUUUGGCCAAAUAACUUCGUUAGACACGCCGUCUGCAUGACCUCUUUUGACCUAAAAUUAUUUUGACUGCCGACGGUAGGAGAGGACCCACUAGGAACAACUGGACAUUUAAAAGCUUUAGGUUAACCACCUUAAAUUCAUCCACAUAAUGCUCUUCAGAAUUUCAGCCAUUAAAACUCGACUUCACAUUCUUUACCAUUUAUGCAAGAAGCCCAACCGCGUCAACUUUCAUCCAAAACUUUGAUAUUACGCAUGUGGUAUGUAAGAGGUUGAAAUGAGAGGUGCACAUGCUCUAAUCUUGGGUUUGUGACUGCUCUUCAGCGUGCCACCCGGUUUUGACAACGCGUUUGCCAGACAAACUUUUUUCUGCUCUCGUAAUUUUUCCUCUUGCCUUUGGACAGCAGGAUCUUUUGGAAGCCGAAGAUGCUUACCAUGAGCCCCUACUAGAGGCCGCGCGACUUGUGAAGAAGUGGACGGACUUCAAGAAGCGAUCAGAACGAAAAGGGGUAUAUUUGUCAAAAUUGGACUAA